AUCCCGUGUUUAUGUUCUUCUCUUGCCCUGAAAGCGCAUAUGCGCAUACACACACACACACACACACACACACAUCUUCACACUCCUUCUCGCCCAAUCCUCUCUUCGAUUCAAUUCCCCUCUGUUUUCUUGGAUCAAGCCCUCUGAUUCCCACCAUCAAGGCCUCCAAUUUAAUGGAUGUACCACAUAUUGAUACUUGCUGAUGCCAAUGCUGUGUAGGCCUUGUUGUCCUGUUUUUCAUGGGUUGUCUCACUGAACGCUCAAAUUUCUGGUCCUCUUAGGUCACUGAACUCGUAUCUAAGGUUAUCCGUCAAGGAUCCUUUCCAGGAAAUUCACAUGGAUAACAGUCAGCGUCUUAGUUCACGUGGUUCUCUUAUUGUUCUAGAAGGACUUGACCGUAGUGGGAAAACUUCACAAUCUACCAAACUAGUCACACACUUGAAGAGUGAAGGAAUAUCAGUAGAAGCAUGGCGGUUUCCCGACCGAAGCACUAGUGUUGGGCAGAUGAUAUCUGCUUAUCUUGCCAAUGAUACCCAAUUGGAUGAUAGGACAAUCCAUCUACUAUUCAGUGCAAACCGUUGGGAGAAAAGAUCGUUGAUGGAAAGCAGACUAAGAAGUGGAACUUCUCUUGUUGUUGAUCGAUAUUCUUAUUCUGGAGUUGCUUUCUCAGCUGCUAAAGGACUUGAUAUUGAAUGGUGUAAGGCUCCGGAAGUGGGAUUAAUAGCUCCAGAUCAAGUAAUUUUCCUUGGCAUAUCACCAGAGAGAGCAGCUGAAAGAGGAGGCUAUGGCACUGAGAGAUAUGAGCACCUUGACUUCCAGAGGAAAGUUGCACAACAUUAUGCAAAACUUCAAGAUGUUUCAUGGAAGGUUAUCGAUGGUGGUCUUUCCAUGGAGGACGUUGAAAACCAGAUAAGAGAAUUAGCACUAGAUUGCAUUGCGAAAUGCAAAGCGGGGAAACCUUUGGCUAACCUCUGGCUAAACUGCGGAUGACAUUCAUUUCCAACGGUGUAUGUGUCUUGCAAUUGCAUUGGCCAUUUGCCAUUUUAAUUGCAAAUGCAUCAGCACCUUUGUAGUCAAAAUUUACUGUAGAAUGUUAAACAAGAGAAGGUGCUAUCCAGACUUAUUUGCUGUUGAAAAAUUGAAAAGUUAUUGCCAACGACCUGCGGGUCUAUUGGGAUAUGGGUCGUUGAACAUAUGAACUUAAUUUAUGUUUUUUAAAGUA